AUGACGAUCUCUGUCUGCUGCUCACAAUAUUACAAUAUUUUUUGUAAACUUUCGAGUGGUUUCGCUUUGAAAAUAGUAAACGAGGCGGUUAUUUUGUCGUCGGACAGUAUUUGGCAUUUUGCUGAGGGCGGAAGUAGACGUGAGUGAUCGCUCUUGCUUUCCUUUCGGCGAGGGGGGCAAAGAGCCAUCAAGGGCUAGCAGCAUUUGGUUUAUUAGCAUCAGCAGCAGAGGUGAGAGAACUAACAGCUGUUACAGCCACAAAGUCCGCUUCACGUCUUCACACAGCGAGAGUCAACAUGUCUGAGACAUAUGACUUCCUGUUUAAAUUCCUGGUGAUCGGCAGUGCCGGGGCAGGAAAAUCCUGCCUCCUCCAUCAGUUUAUUGAGAACAAGUUCAAGCAGGACUCCAAUCACACUAUAGGUGUGGAGUUUGGUUCCAGGGUGGUCAAUGUUGGUGGAAAGACAGUCAAACUGCAGAUCUGGGACACUGCUGGACAGGAGCGAUUCCGUUCAGUGACACGCAGCUAUUACAGAGGAGCAGCAGGCGCUCUGCUCGUUUACGACAUUACCAGUCGGGAGACAUAUAAUGCUCUGACCAACUGGCUGACAGACGCACGAACGCUAGCGAGUCCCAACAUUGUUAUUAUUCUAUGUGGCAACAAGAAGGACCUGGACGCAGACAGAGAGGUGACCUUCCUGGAGGCCUCACGCUUCGCUCAGGAGAACGAGCUGAUGUUUCUGGAGACCAGCGCUCUGACAGGAGAGAACGUUGAAGAGGGUUUCCUGAAAUGUGCUCGGACCAUCCUCAACAAGAUUGAUUCAGGUGAGUUGGACCCAGAGAGGAUGGGCUCAGGUAUCCAGUACGGAGACGCUUCGUUAAGGCAGCUGCGACAGCCGAGAGGCAGCAGCGCACAGAAUAAGCAGCAGUGUAACUGCUAGUGAUUGGGGCGCGGCCCUCAGUCAGCCCACAUGCCCAAACACACAGGACGUCCCCUCCAGCUGUAGGUGUUUUUCGGAGUGUGAGACUCCCUUCAGGGUCACACACCUCGGAUCACCUGGACUAGUGGCCAAGGCGUCCACGGCAACCCCUGACCUCUGGUAAGAGCGUCUCCAUGCCUGAGGUGGACAGUGUAAACACGCUGCGAUGACACAGGAGAUGAUUCCUUCUGGUUUCUCAGCUUCUUACCAGAUGAGUCAAGGGUUGUGUCUCCUGCUGUUUUAUCUGUGCUUUUAGCCUCAUCUGCUCCACCCAGCUUCCAGUAUUUGCACAAUCUUGUCUGUCAAAUGUUUUGUGUAUAUUUCCUCAUUACUCUGGUCAGUGCUGCUUGCAUUUAAAUUAUUUAUUUGAUCAUUUGCACUGAACACUUCUGUUGCGUUUUGUUUUACAGUACUGUGCGAAAACUGUAGGCACAGAAAUAAUGAAGCUGAUAUGUAGCUGAUAAUUAUGAAGUAAACCAUGUGACCACUUUUAAAAAGUGUUUAGGUAAUUAGAUGGCUUCCUGUAGCAUGUUUUUUCAAAAAUCUGGUUGUAUUUGAUCAGUGAUUGUUUUGGUGACAUACUGGACAGUAAAACAAAGUAGUUACCAGAAACAGGGGGAUACAUUAGGUUUUUUGUGGAAAUGGUUGUUGGUACAUUAGAUAGAUGUGGAAGCUUUAUUUGGCAUUUGUACUCACACGAACGUUUAAGUACAUUGGAAUCCUUGUACAGAGCUUGCGAGUAAAUAUAAAGGUAUAAAAAGGAUACACCUGAAAAAAGAAAUGUAUUACAAAGUGUCAUUAUAAAAUUAAUUACUAUUAAUGUCGUAGGGUGCCUAAAGCAUUUUCCACGGUACUGUAUUUUUAAAAACGUGCACAGUACUGAUCUCUGUAAAGGUUCCUGCACUUUUGUCAAGCCUCAUUCUAAAUGAAGCAGUUGGAUUUACUUUUUUAGCUCUAAAUACAGAACCUUUUAGUCACUCUGUGUGCAGCACUGAGUUUGGGUGGUAAUGCCCUCGAUGUGGCCCGCUAGCUUGACUAAUUUUACUGUAUGUGGAUCUACAUUAUUCUCAGUCAUUGGGAGGGACGUGGUCUAAUCACUGCAUUUGAACCGUUAGUCAUGUUGAAAGCACAAAAUGUUAUUUUACUAUAAAAGGUCGUAUUUGUUCAAUUUCGUGGUUCUCAAACUCAGCGUGCAGGAGGUUUUUUGUAACCGUUUUUGUGAUGCUGGAAGACGUAAAGGAGGACUCUGAUAUUUUUCAAGCUGGGCUGUAUUUGUGUAGGUUUUUGAAUUGUUUCCGUCUGGACAACAUAAAUACAUAAGUAAUCUGUGCAGUAUUGAUUUAGAACACAAACAUGCUGCAGUUAAAUGAGAAACUAAAACCACACUUCGUAACUACUACUUGUUGCUACUGAACAGGUGAAAAUGUUAUUAGAAAUGUCUGGUAGCCUGGGGAGGAUCCAUACUAAGAGAAACUUGCAUGUUUACCUCUCUAAAUGUAAAGAAAGUUUUUAAAAUUGCUUAUACAACUAGCUACUUACCUUAGCCUUGCAGUUGUCCGGUGGCACCGGUGUACACAGAACCAUUACGAGUUAGUUGCCAAUGAGCUUGUUCUGUACCUCAAUAUUGGAACAAUUAAAAUGGUUUGUCCUGAGUGAAAUGCAGUUACCUGGUAAAAAAACACUUACUUGCUUUUGAUAUCUUCCUUCCUGCUCAGGGUCGGCCACAACAGAUCUGUUUAGGGUGACCAGAUGCCCCACUUUGUGCCCCAAAUUGAACCUUUUGUUUUAGAAGCAAAUACACUGUUUGGCCACCACACUGCCAAACUUAAUCAAGAAUGGGGUUUUUUUUUAGCCCAGGUUUAAAAAUACUGGAGUCCCCCUUUAAGAUGUGGGCAACCAAGAUUUAUUAGGACACGGACACACACAAAAAAAAAACACCUAAGAUGGACUUUUUUAUGUGGUACAAAAGGAAAGCAGGUGAUCAUCACACAUUUAUAAGUCAGAUGACUUUCAUCGGUUGUUUAGUAAAACUGUUACUUAGAUUUUAUGUUCCAGACUGUUGUGCUCUAAAAGCAUCUAAAAUGAUGUGUUCUGGGUGUGUUUGACCAGGUUUAAAUUAAAAGUUGUAUCAAAGAGGAAAUUUUUGGGUUGCUAAACUGAAGCCAACAGAAAACAUUUGUGAAGCUCCACUUUGAAUGUUCUUCCCCCACAGCGGUUUACUUCUGUUUGUGUCCCCACUCCUCAGAGAGGCAUUGGUACUGAAUCAUGCGACGGUUGUUGUGUUGGCUUUGAUCUUGCGCGUCAUCCUGUUGAGGUUUCACUUGUUGAACUGUGGCGCAGCACUCUGCCUUGGACAGAACCAGGGAAUUUCCACUGCAACGAUUUCCGUUCCGUGUAAGACUGAGGGUCUGUGGAGCUGCUGGACGGGAAUCUAAAAAUACUCCAAACUUUGCCCUAAUGUUGAGUCAAAGGCACGAGGAGAGCAGAACUGCGUUUUCCUCCUGCCUCCUCUUCAAACUUUGGCAUAUAUCCCCAAACUGUAUGACUCUGAGGGGAAGAAGGUGAAAGGAAUAAAAGAUUCCAUUCCCUCUAACAGAGCAUCACAUGUGUUCUUCUGCAAGUGCACUUUUACUUUUUUGUUAAUAUCCUGUAACUAUAGACUUGUACAUUUUACUUGACCUGUGUACUGUAAUAAAGAUUUAUUGUAGA